AUGGCCGAACCACUAGAAGCAGAUCAACAGGAUAUGAUUGAACAGUUUGUUGCAGUAGCAGGCACAAACUCUCGUCAAGCCCAACAAGUUCUCGUUGCCAGUGGCUGGAACCUUGAUCUCGCUAUUGCAAACUACUACCAGGCUCAAGAGGACCACACCGAGGAUCCUGCCGAUGACUCGGACUUUGUCGAUGAAGACGACUCGGAAAACGCCCCUCCCCAAUCUCAUUCCACCUAUGGCGCAGGUCGCAGACUAGGUGAAUCGGCCGCAGAUAGCCCCUCCGUCCCUGUCGCAUCCUCCUCCGGUCCUUCUCAACCCAAACAGAACCCUUCUCAGAAGAAAUUUGCAACCUUGGGAGAUUUUAGCUCCGCUGGAGAAAAUGCCAACGACUCGGAUGACGAUGACAAACAUGAUUUGUUUGCUGGGGGAGAAAAAUCAGGCUUAGCCGUGCAGAACCCAGACGACCUCAAAAAAAGAAUCCUUGAAAAGGCCCAAAAGCGUGGCCCUCCCCCCAAAGAGGCACCUGCCCAAAAGUCCCACUUCACUGGCUCAGCACGAACUCUUGGGGGUGAUGAUGAGCCAUCCCGCGAGAUUGCGGCCGCUCCACAACCCAGAGGCAGGGCAGAACGCGUUGACCGUGUCUUACAUUUCUGGCAAGAUGGCUUCAGUAUUGAUGAUGGCGAUCUCUAUCGUUUCGAUGAUCCGCGGAAUGCAGAAAUCCUCAACCUUAUAAGACAAGGUCGCGCCCCACUGAACAUUAUGAAUGUCAUCCCUGGUCAAGAGGUGGAUGUCGAGAUCAAACAGCAUGAAGAAAAGUACGUCAAACCCAAGAAGAAAUUCCGCCCGUUUGAAGGUUCGGGUCAGCGGUUGGGUAGCCCGACUCCAGGAGGAACUUCCAUGCCUGGUGCUUUCAUUUCCGAACCCUCUGCUCCAGCUGCCGCCGCGCCUUCCAAUGCCCCUCCUUCCACCGAUGUCGACGACUCCAAACCGACGGUCACACUACGUAUUAGCUUAGGAUCAGGAACGAGAUUGACCUCACGAUUCAACACGACACAAACCAUCGGUGACGUCUACGAUUUUGUUCAACGCGCCGAACCAGGAGGAAGGGAGUUUGUGCUACAGACCACCUUUCCUACGACCGAGUACAAGGACAAAUCCCAAUUGUUGGCUGACAUCGCCGAGUUCAAACGUGGAGGGGCCGUGGUACAGAAAUACCUUUAA